AUGCAGAAUAAGUUAUCGCCACCACCACGUAUUCCCAAAGCGAGGGGGGCAGAUGUUAACAAUUCCAUUGAAUUGAGUCAUUCAACAUUUUCAGCUCCACCAGCAAUGCGAGCCAUGGCAAAGUCUACAGAUACAUUAAGUGUAGGUGCAUCCAGUUCAGGCAUUCCGCGUAAUUGGGUUGUUUCUCGUAAUAGUACACAACAACAGCAACAAGGAUUACCAUGGAAACAUAGUAAUAAUAAUGAUAAAGAUGUGGAAGAGCAAAAGGAGGGAAAGGAAAAUGAGUAUUUAAUGAGUGAACUUAUUAUUCCAUUUCACUUGGAUGCUGCAAAUCGUUUGAUGAAAGAUCCUGUUCAGUCAAGAAAGGCAACCACAUUUGAUAGAUCGGAUAUGAUAGAGUUGCAGAUAUCUGUAGAUGACUAUGUGGAAGGAUUAAUACAUACAACUCGACAACUUUUUAUGCAUGAUAAUGAAAAUAUGGUACAAGAACUCCAGCGAAGAAAAGAUGUUUCUAUUAUAAGUUUGUUUUUGCAAAUGCAGCGAGAAAUGCGGCAACUCACAGGUGAUGAUUCUAUUGCAGAAGAAAGACAACUUAUUGAAAAAGUUUCAAGUCUCUUGGAUGUGUGA